ACCGUUCCGGUCCUCCCGAAAGCUAAGGGAGACGAGCAGCCUAAAAACCCUAGCCCCCGAAUCAGAUCCCACCGCCCGCCGGAACGCGGAACCCUGCCCCCGGCCGCCAUGGAGAUGAGCGAUGCGGAGCGGCUGUUCUUCUUCGAGAUGGCCUGCAACAACUCCGAGGUCGCGUACGAGCAGAACCCCAACGACGCCGACAACUUGACGCGAUGGGGCGGAGCGCUGCUGGAGCUAUCACAGAUGCGUAACGGCCCCGACAGCCUCAAGCUCCUCCAAGAUGCGGAAGCCAAGCUGGAGGAGGCACUGCAAAUUGAUCCCAACAAGUCUGAUGCACUCUGGUGCUUGGGAAAUGCUCAGACUUCUCAUGGAUUCUUCACUCCAGACACUGCAAUGGCAAAUGAGUUCUUUGCGAAGGCAACUGAAUGUUUCCAGAAGGCUGCUGAUGUGGAACCUGCAAAUGAGCUGUACAGGAAGUCAUUAGACUUGUCAGCGAAGGCACCUGAACUGCACUCGGAGAUCCAUAGGCAAAUGGCUUCUCAAGCGGCAACACAAGCAUCCUCAGCCUCUAAUCCAACGCAAUCAAGGAAGAAGAAGAAGAAGGACAACGAGUUCUGGUACGAUGUUUGUGGAUGGGUGAUCCUUGGCGCGGGCAUUUGUGCUUGGGUUGGAUUGGCAAGAGCAAGCAUGCCUCCCCCAUCGGCACCAGCCACGUGAAGCUGAUCGAGUGCCAAGAAUGCUUUGCAAAUGUUGUUAACAUGCCCCCAUGUUAAGGUGCCUCAGGCAUGGGAUCUUUCCAGGUGUUAGUUUUCCAUGGAGAGGAGAGAGUGGUGUUUCCAUACGGGUUGGAUCAAUUUUUCAUGCUUGUUCUUUUCGGAGCCUCGAUGAGGUUUCCCUUAUAAUCGGCAUAUGCUGCUGGAUAAUUUUGUACUUGCUUAUACCGUUUUGAGCCUUAAAAACCGUCACGACGUUGCGACUGUUACAGCUGUGUUCGCUAUGAAUCCUGAAAUGGUGCCCAUGCAUAAAGUGGCA